CAACAACAUGGUGGACAUGGUGGAGCGGUGUACCUUUUCCAUUCGUUUGAAAUGUGAUAAAAAAGGCUAAAUCAAGGUAGCAAAAUGGUCAGCAUCCCAGAUUGGCCGCGGUUCGCUGGCCGACUGACUGACCAGCCAAAGGUCAUCAACAGCCAACAAAAAUAUUAUAAAAUGCGAGAAGAGGAAGCGAUACGUCAGGCUGAAGAACACGGCUACUUUCUAACACCAACAGCAGAAUUUCUCGCCUCAACGUUUACAGAGGAACAAGGAAAGGAGGACAUCCAUUACAUAAAAUAUGUGAAGUUGGACGGGGUGCAUAUGAGGCAACUUGGUGAACUUGGGAUGGCCAUGAGGUUGAAAAUUUGUGUGCUGAGUCAUAAUUUCUUGACAAGAUUUGAAGCACUGGGGACGUGUCGUCAGUUAGUUAGGCUGGAUCUGCAUUCAAACCAGAUUAACUCUGUUCCUGGCAUUGCCUUCUGGUCAGGAAUGAAACAUCUUGAAAUUCUGAAUCUCCAUGACAACCCAAUGGGAAAGAUAGAAAACCUUCACUAUCUGGCUGCAUGUCGACGACUCCGAGCCUUAACCCUUUACAACACACCUCUAAGUCUAAAGAAAAAUUAUCGCCACCAUGUUGUAAACAGUAUCUGGACUCUGGCUGCUCUGGACAAGUAUGUCAUCUCAGAUGAGGAGAUUAUUGAGGACGCUGCAUUUGGAGGACGAUUCUCAACAAUGCAUCCUAAUUUCUACAUUGAUCUCUGCCCGCCAACUCCAAAGUUGACUGAGUUUGCUAUCGAGAUGGCUGCUGUCGAUUUUAUCCGAUCUGAGAUUACAUACAUCCAAGCUCAUACCUCACCAGUGCUUAUCAUACAGGCACACAUCAAGGGCUACUUGACGAGGAAAAAAUUCAAAAUGGUGCUUGACACAAGAAUUUGGGCAUCCGUAACAAUCCAAAGAUUUUGGCGAAAAUACAAAGGUUUAACUCAGCCACAAAUGUCAGGCAGGCCUAUCCCUGUUGCUCCUUCAACAACACCUGUCUUGACUGAUGCUCAGAUGGUGGAAAUGAAACAAGACUUCGAUCAGUACGCACGUAAUCGGACACCCGGGUCAGCGGGGCGGAGUGAGAGAUCUGUGAUAAUCAGGGAGGGAGGAGUGGAUUCUAAACCUGGCAGUUCCACCAUGAGAAGGGAAUCGCCUGCCAAGAAACUACAGAUCAAUGUGAAGAAGUUACAGCUGAGUACGCUAAAGGCUUUACAAGAUGAUGCUGAAGCAUUCGAGUCAGAGUUACCAACGUUUAGGACGGGGACAGAAGUCCACAGAUCGACAAGGCUUCAGAAAAGACAAGCUACAAAGCUGGAGAAGCCGCCAAAAAUAAAAAGUGUCAAGCAGUUCUUUGGACCCGUUGUGCCAACCUCAUCCCCUAUGACACCCCCAUCGAUCAUAUCAGCAGACAGCGAUGAGGUUCCCGUGGUCUCAUUCCGCCUGCGUGGAUUCAAGCCGCAGAUUCUGCAGGUUGAUCAAACGACAGAGAUGAUCAUUGCACGGGCAGAGGCUGGGAAGGACAUCAGGGAUGCAGAAGCGGCUGGACAUCGGCAUCAGCAAAUGUUGCCAAAACCGAAAAUCAUCAAGAAACAGACUCUUACAAAUGAUCAGAGAAUAUUUGCAAAAGUUCAUGGCACGAUGAGUUUAUCAUGUUUACAUGCUGUGCAGCAGGCAUACAAAGACAGAGAAAAAGCAGAGCGGACAAACGGGAAAAUUGAAAAAAUACUGAAUCUGCGAGAUGAACGGGAAGCAGCCAAACACAGGAUAAAGGUAUUCCACGAGGAACGCCGGAAUAACAUUCUCAUCGACAGGCAGAAGGAGCGGGCAAACACUUUAGAAGUGUUAGAGAGACGUGAACUCCAACAGUUAAACUAUCUGGAUAAGAAUCAAGAACUCCGUAAUCGUGCUAAAGACUUUAAACGUAGUAUCAAUCAGGAUUCAACGUUUAUUAAUGAUUUUAGUUGUCAGCAUACCUCCGUGUCGAAUGCUUUACUGCGGCAUGAUCGCCAGGCGAGAGUCGAGGAUACCAUGCAGGAGAAACUGGAAACUGUUGAGGUGAAUCGGGAUGUUGAGUUGGAACAGCGGGACUUGGUGAAGAAGUACUUGGAGCAUCGCCAGCUAAUGCGGCAGGCUGAGACAGCCGUCGCUCGGGCUUCUCUCGAUACGAAAAUACUCCAGGAGACGAAUGAAGACAUUAUGAAAGCGCAUGCGAGAGUUGGCCAGAUACGUGAACUCAAAAAGCGUGCUAAGGAACUGUGUCCUCUGCCUAGCUCAAGUCGACAUUCUAUUCCCCCGGAUGAUAUGAGCCGUGAGAAUACCCAGGGGCUUGAUCGUUGGAAUACUAAGGUUGCAAUAACAUCUGGGAGGGUGGGCAAACAUCAUACAGUAGUCAUACCGUGAAUUAGGCCUUUGAAUUAAGAGCACAAUCAAAUAUACUACUGGUAGUAUUUUGAGAGGUAGUAGACUAGCCUUGUUUGAUUCUUUGUUAAUAGGGAAAUUUGUAAAAGUUCCCAGCUGAAAGAUACUCAUGGUCCCAAUGUUCGUGCUCUCUCAUUGAUUUUGAUCGCGAGCGUUCAAUGAUCACAAACAACAUAAAGUUUUUUCAUCACCCAUCUCCCUCCCUAACCACUCCUGUUUGUACAAUGUUUAAUGUGUGUUUGUAUGAGACCAAGUCUGACUUUCCAUGACAUACUGCAACUGUCAAGUCAGAGCUGUAUAUGUUAACAUUCAUGUUCAUGCAAAUAUUUUCCGUAAGUUUUCCUCUUUAAUAAAGUGCUGUUUAUCA